ACACUCUUUGUAAAUCAAAACGGAUAGCGGAACCUUGUGAUUUUUUUAAUUCACUUAAAGAGAAAGGCAUAAAGGCAAACGAAGUCAUACGCACUACGUUGAUUGAUGGAAAUUACAAAGUUGAGAAACCGGAUGAGAAAAUCGAUAAAAAAUAA